AUGCACACUUCGUACGUUUCUCUGGCGGUCUUCGCCAUGGGCGCCGCUGCCGUGCCGAAUAUGCCAAAGGCAGAUGGCAACCCUUUUGAAGGCAGCUUCCCUUUCAUGCCCUCUGGAAGCUCCAGUGUGGAAGAUGAUGAUGGCAUGUCCAAUCCAGUGCCUGCUUAUAUGGCGGCUAUGCAAGCUGUCGAAUCGGCGCAGGCUGGUGCGUACAACCAGCCUGUUCAGCCUAAGCCCGUUGAGCCAAAGCCUGCCGCUCCCAAACCUGCAAGCGACGACAAUCAGGAAUUUGAUGCGCCCGUGUCGCAGCCCUCAGACCCUGCUCUGAACAAUCUCAUUCCUGAAAUCACCGAGUAUGGUGUUCCAUCGUCCACGUCGUCGGGCAUUGCACAUGUCAAGCCAAGCCCAGCAUUUUCUGCAGUGUAUGAGUAUUCGUCCUCUAUGUCAAUCAUGGUAUCCAUGCCCGUUUCUUCGUCCAUGGCUCCAUUGAUCUCUCAGGCCACCCCCGUCAUCGAGUCUAUGCCCAUUGAGAUGGCGCCCGUCACCAUCAACCCCAUGCCUGUGCAAUCCGCUGUGCAGACGACCAUCACCAAGCCCUCUAGCUUUGUGACUAGCCCCAGCGUAAAGGCCCCAGCCCCGACCUCCAUUACGGUAUCCAAGCCUAAAACCCACUCUGCAAACAUCCACGAGCAGCAUCUUGCUUCCAUGGCUGCAAGCUCCAGCGUUAUGCAUGCUACUCCAUCUAGCUCGGCUACCCCUUCGCCUAGCGCACAGGCCGUCGACGAUUCUACUAGCAUGCUGAACCAGGUUCCCGUCCUGGGUGGCAUUUUCUCCAAACUUGCUGGCCUGUUCUAA